GGCGAUCUUUGAGUGUUUGGUAGUUGAUCACAUCAGUGUAUAUGUUUUGUGGAUCACAUUGUACGUUCUCAAAAUAUGUUCUAUGGUUCCAUGUCAAAACCAGAAAAAUCAGUGUAUAUGUGUAUAUCUGUAUAUCUUUUGUGCAUAAAACAUAACCUAUGUUUGGCGUAAUUGAUUAUGGAAAAAAUUGAAUUCGGAUUUAAUAAUGAAAUAAGAUGUAUCUCUUGGAGUUUUUUCUUUUUCAGCUACAAAAAUACUUGGUGUCGUCUGAGAAAAAUAAUCACAAUAUAAUCAGGAAACAUACAAAAAAACUGAAAACUCUUGGAGAUAUCAGUUUUCCUCUGAAAAUCAAGAACUGGCAUAAUUUACUUAAUAAAGACGUAUCAGAUUUAGAGACAAUUUUUGAUUACAAUGAGGUGGACAUAGAUCACUUAAAAGCGGAGAGUGUGAAUUGGGGUAUUAGUAUAGCUGAUAUUAAACCCAUAGAGAGUGAUGUCCAUAUGUUUUUAACUAGAUCUGGUGAAACUUUCAUGGCAACUAUUUCUGAAGUUUUGUCUAGUCAGGAACGUUAUGGGUUUUGUGUAUUAUUUGAUUCAAAAAUCUCUGUAGAAACUACAUCAGUAGAUGUAAGAAUAGGUGAUUUGGAUGUUACAAAUUUAAGGAUACAGAUUUUGAAGAGUGUUGCAGAUAAUUUAAUACAAAAAUUCACCAGCAAAUGUUCAUCUGUGCAAAAUCAAAAUAAGAUCAUGAUUUCUCAAAGUCCAUUAAGAAAACCCCACACAUUUCUCUUGUGUGGCCCUGUGAUAGACCAUAAUGGAGUCAAAAGCACCAUGAUUUCUGGGAAACUGUUUGGGAAAAGAAUGAAUGAUAUGAGAAUGAUGGCACAACAUAAAUAUGGAGUCCAGAUAAAGGCAAAUUCACCUUGGGAAGUUUAUUUUGAGAAACUAGGCAAGGCUUGUGUCACGAUUGAGUUACUGUCCAACAAACCACAAAAACCUAUGAAAAUCACAGAAAAUAAUUCACAGACUGCUAAUAAAGGUGCAUCAUUUAUUUUUUACAAUUGUGCUAGAUUAGCGACUCUGCUGAGAGAGUUUGAAAGAAGAAUCGCACAAAACGUUUAUCCUGCGCUUCCAGCUAUCGAUUGUGUUGAUUUCUCAUUGCUUGAUCAACAGGAAGAAUGGGAGUUACUUUAUGUUUGCAUAAUGCAAUACCCGAUGGUUUUGAAAGAUUCUGUGAAAGAUAUAGAGAAGGGAAUAUUCGGCCCACAUAAUUUGAUAAUAUUCCUUUCUAAUUUGUGUUCCGUGUUUAGCGUUUAUUAUAGGCGAGUUCGCAUAUUGACGGAUGCUCGGGAACAUCUACAUGGAGUUAUACACGCUAAAGUUUACUUGUUGAAGGCAUUACAGGUUGUCUUUCAUAACACGCUAUUUUUAUUGAAUAUCGAGCCGAUUAAAGAAAUGUAGUAUAGACACGUUUUCUUAUUUGGAUUACCUAGCUAUUUUCUGAGAUUAUGUAAGCAAGAAGACUAUUGACCAUUGAAUUCGCUAAGCCUGAGGGCAGUUCGUUUUAUUGCUGGUCCCAGUAAAAACACCAAUUACAUAUCUCCUUUUUCACGCCUCAUAAACAAUUAUGCUUUUUAGAUUUUUUAAGUUAGAUAAUCGGAGAAGUUCCAGCUUAAGGCCUAGACUUUCAUCCAGCCCAAUAAACGCAUGGUUCAGACGCAGUUUAUAUAGUAGUUAACAAAGAAAUAUGUUGGCAAUGGGGUCGGUGUGUGAAAAGAUUUUCAGAUUGUGGAUUUUAAACGUUUAAAGAUCUAUUCACAAAAACGGUUUUUCGAUCAAACGUUUAGAUCAAAUUUUCAAACGUUUUCUGGUAUUAAAUGCUUAAAAAAUUUCAGUAUUAAACGUUAUCAAAUCUUGUAGAUCUAGUAUAGUAUUUAUCACAAAUCAUGUAAAGUCAUGGAUACUGUAGCUUGAGAUUCAUAAAAUAGAUGGUAUGUCGGUUUACUAAGGCAUUUUGUCGGUUAAAUAAGAUGUCCUAGACAGAAAUAACUCGACAGAGUGGCACGGGAGGUAUUUUGGCUGCAGAUCAAUCAGAUAAAAUCAACAUGGCCUUAGUAAAAGUUUUGCAGUUUUCGAGAUAUUGCCACUUUUAAGCUUUUCCAAAAAGUGCCUACUUUUUGCUCCUUUUUUUGUCAGUUAUGGCUAUAAAGAACUUCUAGCUUAUGCUUUUUCCCUGGGCUACCAUUAAUAGUUGGUUGAGACAAGCAAGUAUUCAUUUCAUUAAAAAAUAGCGCUGUACCUAUG